ACUGAACACAUAUUUUGAGUCCAUGGGUCGGGCCAUUACUCAAAGCCACCACACAAACUGGAACAACCGAGCAAAUUAAGACCAGACAGAAGGGCAGCCUCACCAAUGAGAGUGAGGAAAUCUCUCUCACCUUAUCCGCUCUCCCACCAUAUCCUUUUGUUAAACCCAUCACUUCAUCCUUCCAGUUCCACAUCACUCCUGAUCUACCACAACCCCAAAAAAACAGGCACAGCAACACCUCUCGCCUCGUUUCUCACACAGAACAAAGUGAAGUAGUUUCUUAUAGUAGUGAUCUCCUCAGUUCCAGCAGCGGCAAUGGCAUCCAUUAACUCCAGUGUGCUGGCAUGCAACUAUGCCAUCUCACUAGUCGGAUCUCCUGACCUUAAGUCGAAGCUCACUUCCACACUGCCGUCGGCUGCAUCCUCUGCUACUUACCGUCAUAAACUACCUGUGAUCAAAGCGCAACAGGCCAGGGUCUUCAACUCAAAAGAAGCAAAUGGAAGUGAACCAAGAAGAGCUGCACUUCUCUACCUGGCUGCCACAGUUUUCACCACUGCUGCCGCUGUGUCCACUGCGUCUUCUGUCAAUGCUAGUGUCUUCGACGAGUAUCUCGAAAAGAGCAAAGCAAACAAGCAACUGAAUGACAAGAAGAGGCUGGCCACGAGUGGCGCUAACUUGGCAAGAGCAUACACGGUUGAAUUUGGCACGUGCAAAUUCCCCGAGAACUUCACCGGCUGCCAAGAUCUUGCCAAGAGAAAGAAAGUGCCAUUUCUCUCUGACGACCUGGAAUUGGAGUGCAAAGGGAAGGACAAAUACAAGUGCGGGUCCAAUGUUUUCUGGAAAUGGUGAAAGACAAAUCUGUCCAUCUUCAACCAUGUACCUAUCCUGCCCACGCAUGUAGUUUUCGUUUCAGUUAGUCUACAAACCCUUCGUGAUUCUGAUCUAUUUGUUAAUUUUGUUUCUAGCUGAAUACCCAAAAGUAAUAGGGAUAUGAUAAAAUCGAAAGGAAUUACUUGUGCUUACAAA